AUGACCUCGUCAGGGUUUUUUCUCUCGCGUCGGGUCCUGCCCCUUCAGCACCGCGCUCAUAAGAUCAGCCAGAUGUCAGGCCCGAAGGACCCGGCAAGAAUCACCACCCAUUCGCUGAGCGCCACUGACUUGGUCCUUAAGGCCAAGCAGAUCUGCCAGAACACGCUGAGUCCCAGCGGAAAAUACGGGCUGCUCCCUUACAGCCGCAACAACUCUCCUCUGCCCCGAAACUUCUCCCGGAUCGCCAAGGAGGAGCCGCCCUCUUACGCCCCCAACCGACGUUUCCACGACGACUCGGACGCUGACCCCUACGUGAAGGGGAGACAUAAGAUGGGUCCAAAGCGCGUCAGGCGCCCCGGUAACUUUUCAACUCCUCAUCCGGCAAAUGGUUCCGACAUUGACGAUGAGGUUGUUAUCCUCGAGGUCGUUGAGCACGUUGCUCCUCUGGCGGCCGAGGUUGGCCAGGAGUUCUUGGACAACUUGGCCUCCCGGGGGCGGAAAAACAAGGCUCCGGCCCCUGAGGCCGGCCCCAGCGAAGCUCCACCCGCCAAGCGCCACAAGAAGAAGGGGAGCGCUGGGCCUUACGGAAGGAAGCGCAGGCACGAGAUGCCGGUCGCUACCGGGGACCCCCUGGUCCUUACCAGGAGUGCGCCAGGAAUGAAGCCGGAGGCCCCCGCGGACGCUGCCAGGACCUCUCCUCCUGCUCAUGCAAGUCCGGUACCUUCGGGUGCCGACAAAUCUCCAGCCUCCCCUCGCGGAGGAAACACAAGUUUGGGGCGCGCGGACCCCGAACCUUCAAACCCCUGCGCGGAGGAGGACUCUAUCUCCCCUCCAAAUGUUGAAGACACCGGCGCCAGCAACAUAGGCGCCGGUAGCGAAGAUACUGAGCGGGUGGAACCUCCGGUUCCUCCCACUCCCAAGAAGAAGAAGAAAGCCGCUGCUUCCCCCUCCAAGACUGCGCUGGAACCUUCCGUGCCAGCAACCUCCUCGCCGGCUAAGGAAGUGCAGGAAACUCCUUUACCGAAACUUGCUGCAGCGGUUACCGCGGCGACUUCGCCCCCUUCCGGCUCGCAGUCGUUGGUGCUGCACGCCAGCCGCACCGCAAUCGUUGCUGGCGAAAAGGCUUCAGCUCAGCUGGGCCGGAUCGUCGAGCUCAGCCGCGGCGAGGUUGACUUGGGCCCUCUGCGUGAGUACGCGGAGAAGUGGAACCGGGCGGAUCUGUCCGUCGCCACUCGCGGCCUAGGCAAAGACAAGCAGCCGGUCGUGGACAACUCCGGCCCACGGAGCACGGCGCAACACUUGAGCCGGCUCAAGCGUGUCGUGAAGGAGUUCGACACAACCUGGCACGACGCCAGCGCCAACAUGGUGGGCACCCUGGACACCCGGAAGCAGCUCUUCGAGGAGCUCCUAUGGGAGCAUUGGCACCUCUCCGAGACCUUUGCCAGCCUCGAGCUCACCCACGGCAAAUGCCCAGCUGAGAAGGAGCGGCUCGCCCUCGAGCACCGCAAGGCCCUGGACGCUCAGGAGAACAUUUCUGCUGAACUGAAGGACAAGCUCAUCCAAGCUGAACUUCAGCAUGCGCGGGAGAUCAAGGAGGCCAAGGCUGCCGGCGAGGCGAAGCUGGAUGAAGCUUUAAAGGACUUCAGUGACGCUAGCGGGCAGCUGCAGAAGGAGCUGGAGGAGGAGACCAGGCUGCUGAAGGAGGCGCAGGUCCGAAACGUGACCCUCGCGUCGGAUCAGGCCGAGUUUGACCGGUUGGUCAUCCAAACCGAUGAACUGGCUCUUAAGCUUUUCCCGGACUCCCAGCCACACGCGCACAAGAAGGUGACGGAGCUGCGGGCUGAACACGCCGUCAGCAACCCGGAUGCCCCGUGGAACUGA